UCGAAAUUGGCAAUUCCGACUGGAGGAGAAGUCCGGAAUUAGGGUUGAAACCCUAGUCGGAAUUGGGCAAUCCGACUAGAGGUAAGUGCCAAUUUAAUUAAAAAAACCUAGUCGGAAUUGGGGAAUCCGACUAGGGUAUUUUUGAUUUUUUUUAAAACAAUGCGUUAAAGCGGAUAAAAUUUAUUAAAAACCUAGUCGGAAUUGGGAAAUCCGACUAGGGUAUUUUGAUAUAUUUUUAAAAAAAUGACGUGUUUAAUUGUGGUUCGAACAUUUUACCAACCAACUCGUUUUAUUUUCAUUUUAUUGUUUGCACUACGUGUUUUAUUUGUAUUCAUUUAUUCUACCAACUGCAUUUAUAUGGUCACCGUACGUACCCCAAUAGCUCAUAUAAAAUGAGUUCAUUUCUUUUCAAAAUUUUCACUCCAAAAAUAAUCCUUCUUUCUCUCUUGAUAUAUUUAUUACAUUUUCUGUUUAGACAUUCUUCUCUCAUAUAAAAAUGUCUAGUGAGGGAAAUAUUGUUGUUAUGGUUCAUUGGAAUGGCUCUACAUCUCAAAAAGAUGAUGAAAUAGAGUACUCCAUACCUCCUAGGGCGGUACUAUUCAUUAGUGAAGCAGAUGAUUAUACUACUAUACAUGAGAAUGUUCUAAAUCAUGUUAGAGGCGACGGAUUUUCCGAAAUUAAAUUAAUUUACGGAAAAUUGCCAAAAUAUAAGAAUUCUGUAUAUGUUGCUUCUAGACUAUGGCCCAUUCACGAUGAGCAGACAUGGCGUCAUUUUUUCCGGAUCGCUAAAAAUGAGUAUGAGGAGUUGCACAUUUACGUGGAAGCUUCAGCGACCCCGCCACACACUUUGACGUUCCACGGAACUCCUAGAGAGGAAGGCCCAUCAUUCGUAUAUGGUCGGAGGAACAACCGCCAAACGUUUCAGAACUACGAAUCUCCUGUGGUAGGAUGAAAAGAAAGAUUCCAGAAGAUUCAAGUGCAAGGAAAAUUGAUGUAUUCGAACAUUCAAGGCUCGGAAGACCCUCAUUGGAGUUCUCCAAUGAUGAAAAUUCAACGCCACCAGUUAGGUCUUCUAUUCUUCCUACGGAUUAUUCCCUUUCUAAAGCUCCUCGGAUGACUAGAAAGCUUAUUAGAAAUUCGAAAUCUUCCAAUCACCACUCAACUCAAGUGACACCUUCAAGGGUCCCUUUUUCCCCAUUGAGUAUUGAUGCAAAUUCAACACCUCCGUUCAUCUACUCUAAUCCCACUGCACAGUGUACAAGGCCUCAAUUUAUGAAUUUGACCAAUGUGAAUUCAGUUCAAGUAUUGAACUUGGAAGUUCCUAUAUCGCCUUUAAACAAUGGUAUUCCAUUUAACAUUACAAUAAAUAAUGUCGUGCAUUGUUGUAUGCAACUGUAAAUGAGUUUAUUGACUUACCAUCUUAUUCUGAGAUAUAAUGUUCAAUGUUGGGCAGCCACCGAUUGUACACCUCUAGCCAAUUCCUCAUUACUUUCCAUGGCGUACUCCGUAUCUAAAGCUGCACGGAUGAGAAGAAAGCUUAUAAUGAAUUCAAAAUCUCAAAACACGAAAGCGACCCCACAGUCUAAUCAAGCAAACUAUACAGAUCAGUCAAGUGAAUAUAAUUUAACCCAUUUAGUAGAGGGUUCAUCUUCUUCACAUACCGAUUACAAUUCAAAGAAGUUUGGAAAGUCUAUUCACUUACUGGCUACAGUUGGGUCCAGAACUCUCAUUUAUGAUGAAGGGACCGCUCAAAUAAACAACUCUCAUCCUGGUAUUUUUUGGAGAAAAUGAUGGAUUUACGGGACUUUUGUGCAUCCAUUCCCAAAAUACGAAUGUCAGAAUUUGGGUAUGAAUUUACGGGAAAUGGGUUUUAGUAAUCCGACUUUUUUAGGUUUUUUUUGUGAAUACGUCAGCUUCGUCGAAAAAGUAGGGGAGGGAAUUGUCAGAAGAAAAAGUCGGAUUCGUGUAAUCCGAAAUUGUGAUUUAAUUGGUAAAAGAAAAAUUCUAAUUAUCG